AGGAUGGCCUUAAUUAAUACCACCCUAUUUCAUCCCUACUCUUUCCUCCUUCGGGGGAUCCCUGGACUGGAACAUAUGCAUAUCUGGAUGGGUUUCCCUUUCUUUGCUGUGUACCUGACAGCUGUACUUGGGAAUAUCAGCAUUCUUUUUGUGAUUCACACUGAGACUAGCCUCCAUCAGCCCAUGUUCUACUUCCUGGCCAUUCUGUCAUCUAUUGACCUGGGCCUGUCCACAUCCACCAUUCCCAAAAUGCUUGGCAUUUUCUGGUUCAACCUGAGAGAAAUCACUUUUGAGGGCUGCCUCAUCCAGAUGUUCUUCAUCCACUUAUGCACUGGCAUGGAGUCAGCUGUGCUUGUGGCCAUGGCCUAUGAUCGCUACGUGGCCAUCUGUAACCCUCUUCACUACACACUUGUGCUGACAAAUAGGGUGGUAUUCAUCAUUGCAUUGGUAAUCCUACUGAGGCCUUUGUCUUUUAUUAUACCCUUUGUUCUACUCAUCCUAUGGUUACCAUUUUGUGGACACCAUAUUAUCCCUCACACUUAUUGUGAGCACAUGGGAAUUGCCCGCCUAUCCUGUGCCAGCAUCAGGGUCAACAUCAUCUAUGGCUUAUGUGCCAUUUCUAUCCUGAUGUUUGACAUCAUAGCCAUUGUCAUUUCUUAUGUUCAGGUCCUUCGUGCUGUCUUUCGGCUGCCUUCCCAUGAUGCCCGGCUCAAAGCACUCAGUACCUGUGGCUCUCAUGUGUGUGUCAUGUUAGUUUUCUAUACCCCUGCAUUUUUCUCAUUCAUGACCCAUAGAUUUGGCCAGAAUAUACCACACUACAUCCACAUCCUUCUAGCCAAUUUCUACAUAGUCGUUCCACCUGCUCUCAACCCUAUAAUCUAUGGUGUCAGAACUAAACAGAUUAGAGAACAGGUGCUGAAAGUAUUUUCCAAGAAAAAAACAUAG